AGGCUAUCUUAAAAUAAAUCUGCACUUUUAGCAUCUACCACAAGCCAGGAAUGACCUAUCUUUAGUGCUGGGCACAGAGCAAGUGGAAAAUGUCAUAUGAGACUGACUUUUGAUGUAAAUCUGUCUGCAGAGUGACAUCUAAAGCUUUGUGUUGUGCAGGGUGCUUAGCCAUGCUGUAUUUUUUGCAUUUCUUUGCAGUGAAACAUUGAGUUUCAUUAAUUUCCAUCGUUUAACUUAGGUGCUGCUUCUGUUUGAAGUGGUAACCAUGGUGGUCAGCCAGAAUGAUGUGUGGAACACUGACACCACUUUUGGUUGGUAUUAUCAGCCACUGUAUUGUAGACAACUUGAGUUACAGAAUAGAAUAUAGUUUUUUAUAUAUUCUCUUGUAAUUUAGGUAAUGAGGUAGAAAAGGAUCCUUUUUGAAUAGGAGCAUUUACUCCUGAAAAACAGGGAAGUCUUAGUAGUAAACUGGUCAACUUGUUACUAUUUAUAUUUCUAAUACCUUCUUGAUUUAGCAAAUUAUUGUGGCAUGUAUCUUGUGACUGUUCUGAGAACAAAUUGUAACAACUGUCUUGCAUUAUUUCAAAAUUACCUUUCUGGUGCUAUAUAUAGCCUAUGCUUCUUCAUACAAAUUACCUUUGUCUGCAACUUCUAUAGACACAUUUUUUUGGGAAAAAAAUGGUGAUGAGAAAGAUCUUACCCAGCUUUGGUUUAUGAAGAGACAGCUUGAUGUUUUAGUCUGUGUUUAAUCACAGAACUUGUUGAGGAAAUGUGCACAGGUAAUGACCUGCUCUGUAAUUGCUGGUACCGGUGGAUGUUCUCAUUCUGCUUCAUGCAGGAUUCCCUCCCUUUGCAGGUGGGUUGAAGAUGUUUGUACAGGCUAAAGAAAUUUUGACAAAAGAAUCCAACGUACAAGAAGUGCGAUGUCCAGUCACGGUCUGUGGAGAUGUCCAUGGACAAUUUCACGACCUCAUGGAACUCUUCAGAAUUGGAGGCAAAUCACCAGACACAAAUUAUUUGUUUAUGGGGGACUAUGUUGACAGAGGAUAUUAUUCAGUUGAAACAGUCACAUUGCUUGUAGCUCUUAAGGUCCGUUACCGUGAACGUAUCACAAUUCUUCGAGGGAACCAUGAAAGCAGGCAAAUCACACAAGUUUAUGGUUUCUAUGAUGAAUGUUUAAGGAAAUACGGAAAUGCAAAUGUUUGGAAAUACUUUACAGACCUUUUUGAUUACCUGCCUCUAACUGCCUUGGUGGAUGGCCAGAUUUUUUGUCUACAUGGUGGCCUCUCUCCAUCCAUAGAUACACUGGAUCACAUCAGAGCACUUGAUCGCUUGCAGGAAGUUCCCCAUGAGGGUCCCAUGUGUGACUUGCUAUGGUCAGAUCCAGAUGAUCGCGGUGGCUGGGGAAUUUCUCCUCGAGGUGCAGGUUACACAUUUGGACAGGAUAUUUCAGAAACCUUUAACCAUGCUAAUGGCCUUACAUUGGUUUCAAGAGCUCAUCAGUUGGUAAUGGAGGGGUACAACUGGUGCCAUGAUCGGAAUGUAGUAACAAUUUUCAGUGCUCCAAAUUAUUGUUACCGUUGUGGCAACCAGGCUGCAAUUAUGGAACUUGAUGAUACUCUAAAAUACUCCUUUUUGCAGUUUGACCCGGCACCACGUAGAGGUGAGCCGCAUGUUACUCGUCGCACCCCAGACUACUUCCUGUAAAGAGAUUUUAGACCUGUACAGUAUUGCCAUGAACCAUAUGUUGACCUAAAGAAAAUGGGAAGAGCAACAGUAACUCCAAAGUGUCGGAAAGUAUUUAACAUUCAAACUUUGUUUUCACAUGGACCAAAAGACGUGCCAUACUCAAUACAAAGCCUCUUGUCAUCAACAACUGUGACCACUUUAGAAUGAACCAGUUCAUUGCAUGCUGAAGCAACAUUGUUGGUCAAGAAACCAGUUUCUGGCAUAGCGCUAUUUGUAGUUACUUUUGCUUUCUCGGAGAGACUGCAAAUAAUAUGUAGACAUUAACACCUCGUGAAUACAUUUAACUUUCCAUUUAGCUAUAGCUUUAUUCAGCAUGACUGUAGAUAAGGGUAGCAGCAAACAAUCAUUGAAGCUUAAAGAACAUUUUUAAAAUAAGUACCAAGGCCUCAUAUUUGUUCUGAAACUGUUUGUUUUAUUUUUCAGGGAAUACUGUUUAAUUUAAUUGUAUUGAUUUUUUUUUUUUUUUUUUUUUUUUUGUCUGCACUCAGUUCCCUUUUCCACUCUGCCCUACCAUAUUGACCCUUGUAAUUGUCCAAGGAUAGUGAAUUACUUUGAACAGAACUGUUUUUUUUUCUGUAAAACAAUGUUACUGCAGGACAGAGCUGCAGUGUUUUUCAUAAUAAACUUGUGAACUAAG